AUCGGACCGGAGGGCACAGUGCCUGUCGUUCGACAAUACGGAAGACUACCGGACGUCAAGGCCCCACCGCAGACCAUAAAUUCGUCCUUCGCGCAGCAAAUACACAUCGGCAAGCGUGCGAUCGGCGACCACUGGUACGCCUCGUCGGCGCAGAAUGUCGUCAACCACGGCGGCUCCGCAACCUACUCGCUGUACAAAGCAUACACUGAGUCCAACGCCGACUUCUCCCUCCUCCAAAGCGCCGUCAUCAAGUACAACGUCAAGAAUCCGCUCUACAACGACCCCAACCGCGUCGCCAUGCAGACCGUCGAAGCAGGCUGGAUCAACUACCCCAACCAAGUCUCCGCCCCGCACCUCUUCGUCUACUACACUACCAACGGCUACACGACCUCCGCCAACAACCAGGGCGGCUGGAACCGCGACGUGACUGGCUGGGUGCAAGUCGACUCGUCCAUCUACCCCGGCGUCUCCUUCACGCCCCUCUCCACCCGCGGCGGCGCGCAGUACGACAUCAAGAUCCAGUGGCUACUGUACAAGGGCAACUGGUGGCUGUUCGUGCUCGACCGCUGGAUCGGGUACUACCCCGCGAGCCUGUUCGGCGCGAACACCGACGCGAGCAAAAGUCUGCAAGUGGGCGCCGAUGCGAUUAACUACUACGGCGAAAUUUACGACUCGCAUCAAAGCCUCACCAAGACGGACAUGGGAUCCGGCACGUUUCCCGACAAGGGCUACGGACAGUCGGCGUAUAUCAGGAAUAUGGUGUACACCGAUUCGAACGGGCAAGACCAGAAGUACGACGGGAGCAAAGGUAUUGUUGUCAGUGAUACCAAUCGGUACCGCAUGAGUGCGGACUGGUCUGGCAGCGGGAGCUGGGGGAGUUAUAUGUAUCUUGGGGGUCCGGGCGCGGGCGGACAGAUUGGA